AUGAAAACGAUUACUCCUUAUCAAAGGAACAGAGAUGCCUUGCUUCGCCUUGUGCUGAGGGGAGUGAGGCCAAUGGAAUCUGGUGUUGGUUUACCGUAUGCUCCUGAGAAUUGGCCUAAGCCCGGAGAUACAUGGCGUUGGAGAGUUGGACCGAGAGUUAACGGCAAAGGCACCUUUGUGGAUAGGUACUUGUAUCCUCCUAAGCAUCUCCCAGAGUUUAGCACUGAGAUACUGCGGAAAGGUAACGCAUUCAGGAGCAGGCUCUCACUCGAACGCUACAUUCGUCGAGUUUUCCCUAAAGCAGAUGUUGCCAAAUUCUUUGCUUCUUUCAGCUGGUCAAUUCCCAGCACUGGUGGCGUGGCUCAGAAGCAGUGUCUAUAUCCAGUGUAUAGCUCAGAUGAAGAUCCAUCGCGUGAGCUCAAAUCUCAUAUUGCGGUUUGUAAGGCUGGGAAUGACAAAUGCAGCAGCCUGAUCCCACCACCACCUAUUGAAACCGAGCCUUUAACCACAAUGCCUUGUGACAUUUGCUGUAGUGAACCUGGUUUCUGCACUGAGUGCUCUUGCAUCCUUUGCUGCAAAUCGAUAAGUUUGGAGCAUAAAGGUUACAGCUAUAUCAAAUGCGAGGAUGUGGUUGGUGAGGGUAUCAUAUGUGGACAUGUUGCUCAUGUGACCUGUGCUCUUCGAGCUUACAUGGCUGGAACCGUUGGAGGCUCCAUUGGUUUGGAUGCUGAAUACUACUGCAGGAGAUGUGACGCCAGAAAGGACUUGGUUCCACAUGUUCACAGGUUCCUGGAGAUAUGCCAGACUGUGAAAUUUCAAGGCGACGUGGAGAAGAUCCUGACUCUCGGUAUUUGUAUCCUGCGAGGCACACAGAGAAACAAUGCUAAGGCACUACUGAGCUGUAUCGAAUCAACGCUUGUCAAGCUUAAAUGCGGCUGGAGCUUGGAAGAUGUUUGGAAUGUGGAUACACCAACGCUGUGGUCAGAUGUCUCUGACGUUGGAGAAGCUAGAGACAAUGAUACAUUGCAAGGUCUACAAGACGUGACACCGAUCGAGCCCAUACCAUUCAAUCACGAGGCUGAGGCGCACAAACUAGAGGAAGAAAUCCGCGAUGUUCUGAAAGCGCUGAGAGAGGCUCAGGAAUCUGAGUAUCGAAUUGCAGAAGCCAGGCUUCAUGCUCAGAAAGAAUGUCUCGUUGAUCUGUAUAGGCAACUCGAGAAGGAGAAGACAGAGCUGUCGAGGCGUGUAUCAGGUAGAGAUGGAGAUAGCUUGUUGAAUGAUGUGUUGAAGAGAUUGGAUCAGAUUAAAAAAGAAGCCACAAAGCUUAAGGAAAUGGAAGAAGUAGCUAGGGGAUUUGGACUAACGCCUACAGGGAUUCUUGAAGAGUAUUUUCAUCUAAGAGUCGACGAGUAA